AUGCCUAAGCGGAGAACAAAGACCGCUUCCACAGUCCAGGACUACCCCCUGAAACUGCCAAAUCUCAGCCGCGCUGAUCUACAAGCACUAAUCGAAGUCCUGGCCAUAGAACCUCCGCAACCUAGCCAUCCUCUUUAUGGAGAAAACGUCAAGCAACAGAUUCAGGAAGCUGUCAACAAACUUCGUCCGGCGCUUCGCAAGAGGCUUCUAAUAUUCUCGCCGUCUACCCCGGCUCCCGCCGCAACCUUAUGCAUUUCCCACAAGCGCUUGAACCAGUAUAUAAUCAAUCACAUCUUCAGGCUGAUCCAGCGGGAAGUGGAAGACCACCUAGAUAAUAUCACCCAACGGUAUCCUGGGUACCCAGACAGCCUCGAAUCUCAUGUUCUCAACAUAGUGCGCAAUCUACAAUCGCUUCGAGGAUUGUGGUGGGAUCAUGCUUCAAGCCGUAGCUCCCCUAUUGAUCCUGUCCCAUUCCAGCAAAACAAAUGCGAAGCUUGUAUAAUCUCCAGAAUCAUCGUGAGGCCAGGAGCUCUGCAAGAUCUCCGCACAGCCCUCCUAAGCCGAACACGAGAGCGGUGUUCAUAUAGACUUCCUCCGAAGCUCACCCGCUUUGUUGACGGAGCGCUGUAUUACCGCCAGGGCAAAUCGCUGUUAUCCCUCAUCCAAUACAGUACGAAGCUCUCGUCGGACUUAAAGCAAGCUCGAAAGAAUGCGGCCCGUCGCACUACGCGUCAACACUCACGGAGGUGCGACGGCUCGAAGUGUGAGCCUCGUCUGCCGUCAAGGAUCGUGACUGACCAUCAGCUUAUCAGUAAACCAACUGAAGAACCGUCUGGAUCAGCGCUGACUAGCUUAAGCCCUAACUUCGAAUCGGGCGGCAGAGAAAGUCCCCAAACAAUCAAGCUCUGGCUUGUCCCCAAGACAGUAUCACCUUUUGAACUGGAGAAGAAACUAAAAGAAGACCAGAAGGUCAAAGACCAGCGCAAAAUACAAGACCUACUGAUCCAGGAGAUUCUCAGUGCCUAUGGUCCUUUCAGAACGAGCAUGGAAGUAGCGGCUUCCUUGAACCUGGACAGUCGGGAUAUCUCAGACGCUACCGCCACUCAAGGAUAUGACAUCAACUCCACGAACUACGCCCCUCGCAAAUCCUCUUCAGAUUUGUCCGAUUGGGAGAACGACCUGGGUGACAAGUCUAUCACUAUCGAUUCGGGUAGUCCGUGA